ACACCAAGACAGCAACCUGACGAAUCCGCCCCGUCCCCCGCAUUCGCGCCUCCACCAUGUUCUCCAGGCGCAUUGUUGCGGCCCGUCCGCUGGCCCGAUCCAUUGCUCCCAUCGCAGCACGCCCACGCCCGCAAUUCACCCAGAUCCGCACUGCCCUGACCGACGCCGAGAAGGCCCAUCUCGAGCUCGCCGACCCCAACCAAAAUGGCGGCUACAUCAACCCACCUGCCGAGAAGCGAGGAAACCGCGAUCCCUACGGCGACUACUGGGACAAGCAGGAGCGCCGCAACUACGGCGAGCCCUGUCACGAGGACAAUGAUAUCCUCGGUGUACUAGCUCUGCACGACUACAACCACUUCAGUCCCCAGUGGGGUUUCGUUCUCAUGGGCACCUUCAUCGCAACCGUCUUCGGCCUCUGCGCUGCUGUCAAGUCCGUCUACCCAGACAAGAUCAGUGCGCCCAAGACAUACCCAGAUGGCCUGGAAGCCGAGCUUGGAGGCAAGGGUGCUUUACCAGCGAGGAAGCCCGGUCAGGGUUGGUAGGUUACGGGCAUGCGAGAAUAAAUUCGUGUAUAAAAUACCACUCGCAAUGGAAUUCUCCUUGUCAUUUU